GCUUCCCGCCCGCCCCCCUCCCCGCUGCGCAUGCGCCGGAACGCGGCGCGCCGCCGGGCGACAAGGCACGGCCGCGCACGGUACCCCGGGGCUGCGCUGCGCCCGGACACCGCGCCGCGGGCAUCCCGCUCCCACCGACAGCGCUGCUCCGUGCCCGCGCGGCCCGGCCCGACGCCCCGGGGGCUGGGCACGGUUCCGCGGCCGCGCGGCGUGGCCGUGCCCCACCCGCUGCUCACACCGCACCUCCGGGGCGCCCACCCCACCACGGGACACCCCCGCAUGACCCCGGACCCACCGCCCAUCCCCUCGACCCGUCCGUCCCCUCCCCUCCUCUCCCCGCCCGCCCCGCGCUCCCGCCGCCCGCGCGCGCUCCCGACGCCCACGCGCGCCCCCCAGCCAACCAACGGACCAAUGGGAGACCGGGGCGUCAGCGCGGGAGGGGCAGGGGCGGCGCGCGCGCGGCCCGCCGGGAGGCUGGGUGACGUCAGGCGGUGCGUUGGGAGCGGCGGGGCUGAGACCGUGGCACUCGACAGCUAGAUGUGAAGGCUCAGCGGUGCUGAUGGAGAGGUGCGAUGGAUGCCUGCGCUCCGACAGCCUGAGCGGUGCCUCGGCUCAG